GAGUUGAGGAGGACGCGUCCGUCAACAGAUCUCCAUGAAAUAAUUUCUUUCAACUUCAUCUCCUCUUCCUCCUCACUCUCUUCUCAUAUUCAAGCUCUCUUCUUUCUCCUAAUCAAUUGCGCAUCUCCUGCAAUCAACCCUCACAAUGGAAAUCGGCGUCUUCAUCCCCAUCGGCAACAAUGGCUGGCUCAUCUCCACCAACUCGCCCCAAUACAUGCCGUCCUUCGAGCUCAACAAAGCCAUCGUCCUCAAAGCCGAGAAAUACAACCUCGACUUCGCCCUCUCCAUGAUCAAGCUCCGCGGCUUCGGCGGCAAAACCGAGUUCUGGGACCACAACCUCGAGUCCUUCACGCUGAUGGCCGGCCUCGCCGCCGUCACCACAAAGAUAAAGCUCUUCGCCUCUACCGCCAUCCUCACCCUCCCUCCCGCGCUCGUCGCGCGCAUGGCCACAACCAUCGACUCCAUCGCCCCCGGCCGCUUCGGCAUCAACAUCGUCACCGGCUGGCAGGAGGCCGAGUACAGCCAGAUGAACAUUUGGCCCGGCAACGCCUACUUCGGCUACCGCUACGACUACGCGACCGAGUACGUGCAGGUCAUGAAAGAGCUGUGGACGACCGGCGUGUCCAACUUUAAGGGCAAGCACUUCACGAUGACGGACUGCAAAAUGAGCCCGCCGCCGGCUCACCCCAUCAAUAUCGUGGCAGCUGGGCAGAGCGGCCGCGGGCUGGAGUUUGCGAGCGAAAACGCGGACUUCAACUUUGUGAUGGGACAGGGGAUUAAUACACCAACGAAGGUGAAAGAGGGGACGGAGAAGCUAGUUGAGGCGAGCAAGAAGGCGGGGAAGGACUGCGGCGCGUACGUGCUGUUUAUGGUGAUUGCGGACGAGACGGAUGAGAUGGCGCAGGCGACGUGGCAAAGCUACCGCGAGGGGGCGGAUGUGGAUGCGUUGGCUUGGAUGGCGGAUCAGGGAGGGAAGGACGAGAAAGCGGAUGGGACUUCGACGGCGAAGACGAUUAAUUUGCCGGAAGGGGCGGUGAAUUUAAAUAUGGGGACGUUGGUGGGGAGCUAUGAGACGGUGGCGGGGUUGUUGGAUGAGGCGGCGGAGACACCGGGGACGAAGGGGAUUAUGUUGACGUUUGAUGACUUUUUGGUGGGCAUGGAUAAGUUCGGGGAGAAGAUUCAGCCGUUGAUGAAGUGCCGGGCGAAGGUUGCUGGAGGUGUGUAAAGUAUGUUUUAUUUCGUUGAUCUUUCAAGUCUUAGUCCGUUUGACUAGGUGACUUUCUCGUGACUAUAUCUUGCUUUUUCUUUUCCGGUAUAUAAGCUUAAUCUCUCACAUCCUCCUCAAACUCAACAGGGAGUCGACGGG